GUUCUCGUUGUAACCACAAGGGCGGAACGCGGAUUACGAUGCAACGGUAUUAUAUAUUCCUAUCUAUCAGGUCAAAUACGAAUCGAUGCAUUUAAAAUAGAAUUAUUAUCUGCUAAAAAGGAUCAAUCGAUCGAUUGAAAUUCAAUUGCAUUUGGAUAGAGGGAAAUAAUAAUAGAACAAAUCGCGACAAGGUGGGUGGCAGUGAAAUUCAAAACGAAUCCGUGUCGUGACAUGGACUGUAGAGUUGUGGGUUGUGCAAAAAAUUGCAACAGCUGGUUAGCGAAGCGGUUUAUCAUGGAUUGGCUCUAUUGAUAAAUGGUUACAGCAUAACUGAGGCUACCCGAAGCGUAGCAUGGGUCGGACAUUAGAUGUCCACCGUACACAAACAUCCCGUUAUCAUCCUCAACCCUCAUGGACAGUCAGGAACAAGCAAAGAGCCAGCUUAAGCUUCUUCAUCGUGGUUAUCUUCUUCGCGGUCUUUGGAAUGAUAGUCUUCACUGAAUUGUUUGUGAUAGACGAAAGAAACCGUAAUGGAGGAUACACCAUGCGAAAUGGUAUCUUACUUUACCGUUCACAUCAAGAAAAGAACGAAUACGAAGAAGAUCUUCAGGGAGACAAUUUUCCGAAGGCCCUAGAUAACGGUAUCGAAGCACUGUUAGCUGGUGAGCAAUUUGGAGUUCCUAUCGCAGCUGAUAAUUUAAAAUCGCAGGGAUAUAUACUUCCUAAUUCGAUGGGAACCCAAAUUUCUAGUGGAUCUCAAAUAAAUGUUCCUCUUGCCGAUGGAAUUUGGCAAAACGUAGCAGGAACAACGAACAAAUUUUUUGUUUAUUCGGCCUACUUCGAUAGACGAGAACCGUUUAAUUUUAUACGAAUAAUAGGAGCCACCAAAACGAGAGGCCACGACCCUGUAUUCUGCCGCUUUUGGUAUCCACUGCUUGAAAAAAAUUCUACUAAAUACAUAUCCACGAAUACUACUGCUAAUGUUAAGGUAAUUAGAGAAAACUGGAAUUUGAAGUACAGUGCUGUGUAUGUAAACUGUCCUUUAAAGAAAGGACAGGCUGUCCCGACGGCUGUUUCUAUAUUUAGUAAACCCAGUCCCACUCCCACUAACACGCUUAUCGUUAACAACUUUUACAACGAAACGCAGCUGCCAACUAAAAAGUAUGCCGUCUGUGUCAAACCUCUUCAUUACAACUAUGACAAGAUGAUGCAAAUUGUUGAAUUUAUCGAAUUGAAUCGAAUAAUGGGUGUGGAACAUUUCGUUUUUUACAAUCACACAGUAGGACAUCAGGUGGACUGUCUGUUACGUGAGUACAUCUCGAAAGGCGUCGUGACCCUCUUACCCUGGGAUCUUGACCUACUAUCUCAAAAGGAGAUUAGAACGGAAGGCCUCUUCGCCGCUAUGAACGACUGCCUUUAUAGAACAAUGUACAGAUUCUCCCACGUCCUCUUCAUCGACUUCGACGAGUAUAUUAUUCCUAGAUCUAAGCCAACACUUCCGGAACUUAUCGAAAAUCUCCAGCGUCAACGAAGAGGCCCAGAAGUGGGCGCAUACUCGUUUCAAAACGCAUUUUUCUACCUCCAAUGGGACGACGACGAAUGGACACAAGAUACCCAAGACGUAAUCGCACUAAAUUUAGUAACACAAAAGAAAACGAGACGAAAAUCGAAGCUCCAUCCUCACAAACAACGUUCCAAAUAUAUUUGUAGACCUGAGAAAGUCGUAGAAGUGGGAAAUCAUUUUGUAUGGGAAUUUAUUAGAGGGUUUGUUUCGUACAAUAUCCCGUCGGAUCACGGGAUCCUUCAUCACUACAGGAUAUGCGAGUUUGGUGGAGACGAUUGUGUGAAACAGGCAUCGACAGUAGAUCGAACAGCGUUCAAGUACAGGACAGAACUUGUGGAGGCUGUUAAAUCGGUCUACGAUAACAAUAAGGAUAAGUGUGAUCUAGAAGACUUGUACAUGAGUGAGAGGCAACAAAUUGCUGCCGUACCUUUCAUAGACAUAUUCAAUAAGGAUUUCAAAAGGUUGUUAGACCCUAAUACGAGAUAAUAAUUAUUGCGAUAAAUUAUGAAACUUGUGAGAUUUCCUGUAGACUUAAUUUUUUAUUAAACGAACAACAAAAAU